AUGCCGUCCAUUCUCAGUGAUGCCGACAAAGAAACUGUCAAGAGAACGGUCCCAAAGCCCGCCAACAAGAUCCUCGCCGUGGCUGUUGCGCGACUCUAUGUGGCUCACCCUGACCCAACGCGAUGGACGUAUACCGGUCUUCAGGGCGCCGCAGUCCUGGCCAAUGACUUGAUUGGUCAUACCUUUUGGAUCAAGCUGGUAGAUGUGUCGCCCGCCGGUCGAGGGGUCAUUUGGGACCAAGAGAUAUACGAUGGCUUCUCCUACAAUCAGGAUCGCACUUUCUUCCACACGUUCGAGCUCGAAGAGUGUCCCGCAGCCCUUUCCUUCGCCGAUGAGAAAGAGGCCAAAACCUUCAUCAAGAAAAUGCACGAGCGGGAGAAACAUGCCAGCAAAGAGACCAAGCAGACCCCGUUCGCGUGCACCAGAGGCCAAGGUCCGGCUCCUACAACAAAUGGCAAGGCUCCAGGCCGGUCGCUGUUCGGCAGCUUGCUGCAUCCGAAUCGUGGCUCGACUCCUACACCACCGCCAGCCCCCGCUCCCGCGGCUCCUCCGGCGCAGAAGUCGGCGCUGGACGACGCUGAUCCCUCCAUCCAGGGCAUCCUCGACGAAUUGCGGGAGAUGGGAAUUACGGAAGAGCAAAUCAGAGAAAAUCAGGAUUUCAUCAAAUCGUACAUUGAGCAGAAACAGGCUGAUGGAGUCGAUGGCGUAGCAGCCACUCCUUCGCCUCCAGUCGAAGAUCAGAGAAAGGGAAAAGCACCUCCGCCGCCUCCUCCGUCGGCUCCCCCAGCCCCGAAGACUACUUCCAUCAGUCCCCAGCAUACUGGGAGCAGCAGCAGUGGUCGACGCGGCCCGCCCCCUCCUCCUCCGGCGCGGAGAGGACGUGCAGAUGCGUCUCCGGGACCUCAAGAACCCGAACCUGCACGAGAACCAUCACCACCACGGCCUAAGUUUCGAGCGCCGCCGCCCAUUGCGGACGCGGGCAAAUAUGCCCACACGGUUGGCCCUAUCCCGCCUGCGCGACCGCGCGCUGCAUCGGGUUCGACCCCUGGACCUCCUCCCCCCCCGCGGCCGCCUAAAGCGCCCUUGGAUGACUCUGCUUCAAGUCGAUCCGGGGCUCCUCCUGUCCCGGGAGAACGGAAAGUCUCGGCACCCCCUGCUCCUCCGAGUCGCAGUCCUUCUCACGCUCCACCUCCGCCUCCGCCU